UCGAGAAUGUGAAGUGAAGUGAAUAUCGCAUACUUCGACCGAAUAAUUUUAUAAAUGCGUGUGUGAUUUAAUUUAAAUAAUUUUUAAUUAUUUGAAAAAUGAUUUUUAAUCAUAAAAGUCACAAAAAUAUAUCAAUUCUACAAUUGAAAUUACUGCUCUGUUUGUUGUUUUAUAUUAAAACAGUAUUUGCUGAUUGUGAUGAGUUUUUAUCUUGGAAGUGUGAUAAUGAACAAUGUAUAGAUAUAUCUAAGCUUUGUAAUGGGGCAAUGGAUUGUGUGGAUGGUUCAGAUGAAACAGCUGAAAACUGUAUACAUUUAAGAGAUAACUGCCCAGGUUAUGCAUAUCGCUGCACUUAUGGAGCUUGCGUUAAGGGACAUUCACAAUGUAAUGGCAUUAUAGAUUGUGUAGAUGGCUCCGAUGAGCUACCAAUAUUAUGCCAAAAAAAUUCUACAAAUUUUCGGGGCACUUGCAGUUCAGAUGAAAAAUUUCAAUGUAAAUCUGGUGAAUGUAUAUCGAUACAAUUAAUUUGUGAUGGCACAAUUAAUUGUAGUGAUGGUUCAGAUGAGUCAGUUGAGGUUUGUCAAGUUGCUUAUUGUCCUUCAUAUGCAUUCCGCUGCGGUUAUGGUGCUUGUAUACAAGGCACUUAUAAAUGUGAUGGAGUAAAACAGUGUGCCGAUGGGUCUGAUGAAGCUGCGCAAUUAUGCGGAAGACCGCGUGUAUAUAGUAAUACUGCCGCGUGUAAAAUUCCGAAUGAUAAAAAUUUGAUAGCUCGUGAAGUCCUGAAUAUGGCCGUGGUCUUCCGUAGCGGAGCAACAGUAUCGAAAAAUAAAUUAGUGAAAUUUGAAUGUAAUACUGGUUAUUGGCGGCUUGGGGUAGGAAACAGUGUGUGCGGUGAGAAUGGUUGGACUGAAUUAGUGCCUAAAUGCAUAAAGUGUUGUGAUGCAGAAGAACUGUUAGAAGGUUAUUCGACUAGUGUACGAUUUACACCACCUACCGGCACUACUACAAAUGCAUUUUGUAAUGACAGAACAUCCGUAUUAGACGGCACGAAAGCAUAUAUUACCUGUGCGAAUUUUUAUGAAGAACCACCGGGCAAAAAUUUUCACAAUACUAUGGAUUGCGAUAAUGGUAAAUGGAAUACAAAUAGAAUCGCAUGCGAUAUGAAUUGUGGUCAGAUCCAACAAACACUCGUACCUUAUUCCAAAAAUGGAAUUAAGGUUAAUGUAACGAGUGUUCCAUGGCAUGCUAGCAUAUAUCAAAAAUAUGAUUUUGUCGAAUAUAAAUUUAUCUGUAGUGGUUCAAUUAUAGGACCACGUUUAAUAGUUUCAGCUGCUCACUGCUUUUGGGAUCUUGCAACGAAAAGUGUCGUUGAUACAACCAUUUUUGCUGUAGCGGUCGGCAAGUAUGUACAAGCCUUUGACAAUGAUGAUGAUAAUAAUGGUGUGCAGAAAAGAAAUGUCACAAAAAUAAUAAUUAGAGAAGAUUACAAAGGAGCAGCAACUCAGUAUAAGAAUGAUUUUGCUAUAUUGGUACUUGAAGAGCAUAUACAGUUUACCGACGUCAUAAGACCCAUUUGUUGGUCGUUAGAAGAAAAUGCAGGACGUGAAGUGCCUUCAAAUGUUUAUGUGUAUUUUGCUGGCUGGGAUAAUGUCAAUAAAGAUAAUCCCGAAUUGCAAAGGGUUACCAUGGAAACAAAAUCGUAUGGUGACUGUAAGCGUUUAGAGUCAAGUUUGGCUAACGAUAAGUUUUGUCUUUCUGAUGCGAAUUUUGGCAUUGCUUGUCAUGGUGAUAGUGGAAGUGGUGUAUUCAUGAAAAUCGCUAAAGGAGGUUCAGAAUACUAUAAAUUAAUUGGUAUUAUAAGUCAUGCACCUAAAAGAGCACAAGAUUGUGCAAACAAUAUUGUAACUGCUACAAAUGUCAAAUAUUUUGGGAGAGAUUUUGAAGAUAUCUUCAAAAAAGAACAUUAUAAAUAUUUAUAGAAUGUGAUAAAAUUAAUAAAUUAUUUAAAAAAAUAUUAACA